UGGGGGAGAAGAGAGAGAGAGAGAGAGAAAGAGCAGAGAGAGGAAUCCUGGUCCUGGAACUUUCUGACAUUCGGGGAGAGACCGAUUCUUGUUGGGAUCUGUUUUCAGGAUCUGGGAGGAUGUGUAGGACCAUGCGACUGACCAGCGGUCCAUGCUGAGCGAGGCGGGUCUCCGCUGCCGUGCCGCAACCCCGCCCACCCCGCUGCUUUCCGGAGCGUGCCCUGCCACCGAGGAUGGCCCGGACCGGACCGGCAACUUGUCUCUGAGCAUAAGCGGCGCCUUGAGGAAAGCAAUGUUGGGGCAGACCCCGCCAGCCUGGUCCAAGUUCGCCGCCCAGACCACCGCUCAGAAGAGCCCCGUUGUCGUCCAGCAUGGCAGUGGCCUGGCGCCUCGUGGCCUGGGCGCUCCUCUCGGCCGUGUCCAUGGGCAGCCUGCCUGGGUCUACUGCCCAGUCCCAAGAGGACUUCCUCUCCAGCUUGGACCACUAUGAGAUUGCCUUCCCCGUCCAAGUGGACCAGAAUGGGGACGUCCUCAGCUUUGACACGAAAAGCCAGCGGAAGCGGCGCUCUCGGCGCAGCAGCGCAGGGCAGCCCGCGAACGAACCCCCAGAGCAGCAGGUCUUCUACAAAGUCUCGGCCCACCAUACCCAGUUCCUCCUCAACCUGACCUUGCACACCAAUUUGCUGGCGGAGCGUUUCCGGGUCGAGUACUGGAAGCGGGACGGGGUCGACCAGCAGCACGAGUUCCACGAGGAUUGCCACUAUGCCGGCCACUUGCAGGACGAGUUCUUGAACUCCAAAGUCGCCAUUAGUAACUGCAACGGACUGCAUGGCGUGAUCAUCACGGACGAGGACGAGUACUUCAUUGAGCCGCUGAGCCCCGGCACCAACCUCAGCAGCCGGGAUGAGCAGGAAGGGCCGCCCCACGUGGUGUACAAGCGCUCCUCUCUCCAGCACCCCCACAUGGACGCCGCUUGCGGGGUGAUAGACGGGAAGCCGUGGAAAGGCCGGUCCUGGUGGCUGCGGACCCUGAAGCCGUCGCCUCUGAAGACGCUGGGCAACGCCACCCAACGUGGCCAGCUGCCCUUGAAGCGGUCGGUCAGCACCGAGCGCUACGUGGAGACCUUGGUGGUGGCCGACAAGAUGAUGGUGGGCUACCACGGCCGGAGGGACAUCGAGCAGUACAUCCUGGCCAUCAUGAAUAUUGUUGCUAAACUUUUCCAAGACUCAAGCCUGGGAAAUAUUGUCAACAUCCUGGUCACCCGGCUCAUCUUGUUGACCGACGAUCAGCCCACGCUGGAGAUCAACCACCACGCGGGGAAGUCCCUCGACAGCUUUUGCAAGUGGCAGAAGUCCAUCGUGAACCGCAACGGGCACGGGAACGCCAUUCCGGACCACGGCAUCGCCAACCACGACACGGCCGUCUUGAUCACCAGGUACGACAUUUGCAUCUACAAAAACAAACCCUGUGGGACUCUCGGGUUGGCGCCCGUGGGCGGGAUGUGCGAGCGGGAGCGGAGCUGCAGCAUCAACGAAGACCUGGGUUUGGCCACGGCUUUCACCAUCGCCCACGAGAUUGGACACACGUUCGGGAUGAACCACGACGGGGUCGGCAACACCUGUGGCUCGCGGGGCCAGGAGACAGCCAAGCUCAUGGCCGCCCACAUCACCAUGAAGACCAACCCCUUCGUGUGGUCGACCUGUAGCCGGGACUACAUCACCAGCUUCCUGGACUCCGGGAUGGGACUGUGUUUGAACAACGCUCCGCCCAAACAAGACUUCAUCUACCCGACGGUGGCCCCGGGCCAGGCCUACGAUGCCGACGAGCAGUGCCGCUUUCAGUACGGAGUUAAAUCUCGCCAGUGUAAAUAUGGGGAAGUCUGCAACGAGUUGUGGUGCCUCAGCAAGAGCAACCGUUGUGUCACCAACAGCAUCCCGGCGGCCGAAGGGACCAUCUGCCAGUCCAACACCAUCGACAAGGGGUGGUGUUACAAGCGGGAGUGCGUCCCUUUCGGCACCCGGCCCGAAGGCGUGGACGGGGCGUGGGGCUCGUGGUCGUCCUGGGGCGAGUGUAGCCGGACCUGCGGAGGAGGCGUCUCCUCGUCCACCCGACAUUGCGACAGCCCCCGGCCGACGAUCGGAGGGCGUUAUUGCCUUGGAGAACGGAAACGGUAUCGGUCCUGCAACACCGACGACUGCCCCGCCGGAUCUCAGGACUUCCGGGAGCUCCAGUGUGCCGAGUUCGAUCACAUCCCUUUCCGAGGCAAAUACUACACAUGGAAGACAUACCGAGGCGGCGGCGUCAAGUCCUGCUCACUGAACUGCUUGGCCGAGGGCUUCAACUUCUACACGGAGCGGGCCGCGGCCGUGGUGGACGGCACCUCUUGCCGGCAGGACUCCAACGAUAUCUGCGUCGGCGGAGAGUGCAAGCACGUUGGCUGCGACCGGAUCCUGAGCUCGGACACCAAGGAGGACAAAUGCCGGGUGUGCGGUGGUGACGGGAGCAGCUGCGAAACCAUCGAAGGAAUCUUCAACCAUUCGCUGCCCGAGGGAGGCUACGAAGAGGUGGUUUGGAUCCCCAAAGGCUCGGUGCACAUCGACAUCCGGGAGCUCAACCUCUCUCUGAACUACCUUGCUCUCAGAGGGGAAAACGAGGAAUACUAUGUCAACGGGAAACUCUCCAUCGAUCCGCCCCGGCGCUUUGACAUCGCGGGGACUACCUUCCACUACCGACGGUCGCCGGACGAGCCGGAAUCGUUGGAGGCUCUGGGUCCCACUAACAUCACCCUCAUCGUCAUGGUCCUGGUCCGGGAAGAGCUGCAGAGGAUCCGGUACAAGUUCAACGCGCCAGUCAGCCGGAGCUCAGUGGCCCAGUACUUGUGGCAGUACGUCUCGUGGACCAAAUGUUCGGCAAUUUGUGCGGGAGGCAGCCAACUCCAGCCGGUGGUCUGCCGCAACCAGGCCGACAGCUCCACAGUCUUCAACCACUUCUGUAGCCCCGAGACGAAGCUUCCGGAGAGGCAACGGCAGUGCAACGUGGAGCCGUGUCCCCCGGCCUGGGUCGUCGGGAACUGGUCGGAGUGCAGCCGCAGCUGCAACCAAGGCGUGCGCACCCGGAGCGUGUCCUGCCGGCGCAAGGUGGCCACAACCGAGGAGAAGACCCUGGACGAUGGGGCCUGCGCUCAGCCUCGGCCUCACGUCCUGGAGCCGUGCAACAACCAGACCUGCCCCCCGGAGUGGGCCGCCCUUGACUGGUCAGAGUGCACCCCGAGUUGUGGGCCCGGUUUCCGCCACCGCGUCGUCCUAUGCAAGAGCGGGGACCACGCCUCCACGCUGCCCACGUCCCAGUGCCCCGAACACGCCAAGCCCCCCACCAGCAUCCGGUGCAGCCUCCGCCGCUGCCCUCCGCCCCGAUGGCUCACCGGCGAGUGGGGAGAGUGCUCCGGUCAGUGCGGCCUGGGCCAGCAGCGGCGCUCGGUCCAGUGCGUGACCCACACGGGGCUGCCCUCCGGCGAGUGCGUGGAGGCCCUGAAACCCCCCGCAACGCAACAAUGCAAGAGCAAGUGCGACUCCGGACCCACGGACAACCCCGAAGAAUGCAAAGAUGUGAACAAGGUGGCCUACUGCCCGUUGGUGCUAAAGUUUAAGUUCUGUACCCGGCCGUACUUCCGACAGAUGUGCUGCAAAACCUGCCAGGGCCGGUGAAACGAAAGCCCGGACGCAGCGGGGAGUGCCGUGGGGAAACUGGAAGUUUUUUCGGGGGGCCUUUCGGGACCCCUGGACCCUCGAGGCGGCCGAGAGUGUAUUAUUUACUUGAAACUCUUUGGAUAUUUAUUUCAGUAGCAAAACCUUUCGGGCACCGAAGUAUCUCCCUCUUCCGCCACAUCAACAAGAGAAGGAGGGCCAUCUGUCGGGAGGGAUCGGAUUGUGUCGUCCAACCGAAAUAGGGUGGGUGGCCAUCUGUCGGGAGGGAUCGGAUGGUGUCGGUUGUCGUUUUUUUUCUUCGGUGCUUUCCUAAGUCAAGACGGUGCUUUCGUUAUUACGACUAAGUAUUUUUUUUCCCCGGUUCCCCCCACAAUUUCAUAUAUAAAUAUAUACAGAUAUAUUGUAUUAUUAUUAUUAUUAUUAUUAUUAUAGGAAAAAAUGUUUUUUAAUAUGGCAAAGGAAAUCGGAAGAGCGAGACUGCGAGGUUGCGAGGCUGCGAGAUUGAGAAAGAGCGAGACUGCGAGGUUGCGAGGAAUUACCGCACGGUUUUUAUAAUAAAGGACUACCUACCAACUA